CGUGAAUGUUUUUGUUUUUUACUGUCUUACUACGGGAAUAAUUGUGCUCUAAGGUCCUGGGCCGGCCAUAUGUUAAGUCCCUACAGUUAGCUAGGAUAGGCCAGCAGCACCUGCUGUGGGGGCCGUAAGCAUGGCGCCCCGGGUUAGCGCCUUUGAGCGCUUCACGGCAGGCCUUCUAGCGAUAGUUGCGCUUACUUGCUACCAACAGUUGGCAAUGCCCUAUUGCCUGCCCCAGCCUCACGCGUGGCCGAACACUCUUCCCCACCAUUCCUAUGCUAUUUCCGACUAUCCCUGCAAUGGUAGUGGUUUAUCGCGCAUGCUGUAUAUCCUUUGGAGGGCUCCUUGGGUGCUCUGGGACAUUGUUCGCGUGCAACGCGACGAAAUAUGGCUGCCUGUGGGAGUUUUGGCGAUGUUCGUCCGUUUUAUCGGAGCUAUGGUUUUACCGGCAGGCAUUUACAGUCAGGUUGUGGCGCCGGUCACAGCCUACAUAUCGCGCGCCACCAACACGGUCUACCAUGUCCUUAAGGGCCCAAGCUACAAGCCGACCUAUAUCGCCGUGGCGAGCCUUUUCAGCAAGCAUGCUCCCUUCGAAGUCGUCACAUUCCUUUCCCUGCUGGGCGUCUGGCGCCCCAACAUGCGCCUCGAGCUGCUCUACUGCGGCUGGUGCGCCGCCUCACUGGCGCUGCUGGUGCACUGGUACACCCCCUCCGGCCUCCUGCCGCCCGCCACCUCCGCCUCCGGGCAGGUGCUCAGUCGGCUGCUGGUGGCGCUGGCGAAUGUGUGGUUGGAGCGGGUGGUGUGCGGGAGGAGGGAGAGGAG